AUGUCGACACUGAAUCAUCUCUUUGAUCUCCCUGAGCAGAUUUGCUAUGUGCAAUGUGGUUUCUGCACUACCAUUUUGCUGGUAAGUGUCCCUUGUAGCAGGCUGUCCAUGGUGGUUACAGUGAGAUGUGGGCACUGCACAAGCCUUCUUUCAGUCAAUAUGAUGAAAGCUUCAUUUGUCCCACUGCAGUUUCUAGCUUCCCUUGGCCAUGACGAUGAGCAGCCAAAGGGAGUACUUUCAGAAGAACUGGGUGCCCCUAGGAAGACCUCAGACAGGCGCAGCCCGUCUUUGCUGAGCUCUUCUGAUAAUGGAGAUGAAGAUAUAGUCCAUGUGAAUCCCACAGUGAACAAGCCGCCGGAGAAGAGGCAAAGAGCUACAUCGGCUUAUAAUCUCUUCAUCAAAGAGGAGAUCAGGAGACUGAAAGCUCAAAACCCAAACAUUCCACACAAAGAAGCCUUCAGCACUGCUGCAAAAAAUUGGGCCCAGUUUCCUCCCAUGCACAAGCAGAACAAAGGAGAAGGAGAAAGUUGUGACCAGGAAGAGGGAGAUGCAUCAUGGAACUCAGAAGCUGCUGAGGCUCACAUACAAGGCAAUGAUUUCCGUGAAAGAAAAGCAACAAGGAGUUCCAUUUGGGCCAAGUCACCCUUUGAGUGAAGUGAAAGAAGAGCUAUUAAUUUCAAGCCCUGGUUGAUUUUAUUACUAUAAAUUUUCUG